AUGGCUGUGAAUCUUGAAUGCUGCCUCUCUGCCCGCAGCAGCGUGGGUGCUGGUUCGGGCGGCGGCGGCGGUGGCGCGGGCGGCGGCGGGGGCGGGUCCAGCCCCACCACAGCGGCCGCCGCCUCCUCCACCAGCAGCCCGGACACGAAGCCCCCGUACUCGUACGUGGCGCUGAUCGCCAUGGCCAUCCAGGAGAGCCCGCACAAGCGCGCCACCCUCUCCGAAAUCUACGCCUACAUCCUCGCCAAGUUCCCCUACUUCGAGAAGAACAAGAAGGGCUGGCAGAACUCCAUCCGGCACAACCUCUCGCUCAACGAGUGUUUCGUCAAGGUGCCGCGAGAGGGCGGCGGCGAGCGCAAGGGCAACUACUGGACUUUGGAUCCGCAGUUCGAGGACAUGUUCGAGAACGGCAACUACCGGCGGCGGCGGCGCAUGAAGCGGCCGGGGUACCGCGCCGCGGGGCCCUACCCCAACGGGCUGUUCGGCGCGGCCGCCGGCCCCCACCACGCGCACCACCACCAGCUGCCGCUGGCGGCGCGCAACCUCUUCGGCAACGCGCCCUCCUACCCGCCCGCCUACUCGCCCACCUACGACCAC